UUUUUAAAAUAAACAAAAAAAAAAAAAAUGGUUUCAUCCUGCAAAUGCGUCUUCCUUGUGUUUUUAUGUCUUGCAGUUCUUCUCACCCCAGGUGAAGUAUGCGCGAAGUCUAUGCUCAAAGCUAAUGGGGCUGAGAAAUGGUUCGCUGUGCAAGGCCCAUGCUCACAAUUUCCGGACUGCAAUAAGCAUUGCAGAGAAUUAAGAUAUCCAUUAGGUGGAGAAUGCCGUCAAUUAGAAACUGGUGUUAAACUAUGUGGUUGUAUUUAUUCAUAAUCUCAUGUAUAAUCUAUUUAAGAUAUUGCAUGUAUGGGUGUUACAAUGUUUAAAUUAAAAAAAUAAUACCAA